AUGUCUUCCACCACCGAUAAAAAAGCUCUUAUCUGCGACGCUCUUAAAACACUUGCCGCCAGUAGUGAAGAGUCCAAAAACGACUUUUUCUCAAACGACUCUGGUGAAGAUUACUUCGCUCCGGAUUCUUUCUCCCAAUUCUUUGGAGCUGAAAUUUCUGAAGAAGAACUUGAAAAGGCAAUUGAAAGCCUACAAGCAGAAAUAAAGAAGUCUGGAAAAUCAAAUAAGAAAAAUCCGCCUUCGGAAGACGACUCCGAUGACUCUUUGACCUCCUCUUCCGAUGAGGAAGGAGUGAUGCACAAAGUCAAGAAGAUGUUAAAUUUCAACUAA